CUCUCUCUCUCUCAUCCACACACACAGAAACAGUGAUCAGUACACGCAUAAGCAUAAAAAUGGCAGCCACAGCUAAUUCUCAAAUAAUUAGUUCCACCACUGAAAAUUCAUUCGUUAAAGCGCUUGCCGAAUCUUCCACACUCAAAUCCAUCCCUACCGAAUUCACUUUCCCCAAUGAUUACACAUGCUCAAACCCUAAUUCACUCCCCACCGUUGAUUUCUCCCUUCUCAUCUCCCCCGAUCCCGAUCAACGCUCCAAAACUCUCCACGAACUCGCCGGCGCUUGUGAACAAUGGGGAUUCUUUGUUCUGGUGAACCAUGGAAUACCGGAGAGUGUGCUGAAAGGUGCGAUAUCGGCGAGUUUGGAGUAUUUUGAUUUGCCGGCGGAGGAGAAGCGGCGGUACGAGGCGAAGAGUCCGUCGGAUCCGAUCAAAUCUGGAAGCGGCAGCGUGAUCAAUACUAACAACCACAGAAUUCACCUGUGGAGGGAUUACGUCAAGUCCUAUGUUCACCCUCAAUUCCACUGUCCACAUCAACCCACUAAUUUAAGGGACACCGUAUAUGAAUUUUCUGAAAAGAGUCGAAAAGUGGCAAGAACAUUGCUGCAGGGGAUCGGAGAAAACCUAGGCCUGGAAAAGGGGUACAUUGAUGAAGCUUUAAAGCUCGACACGUGUUUUCAGUUAUACGCGGCGAAUUAUUACCCGCCUUGCCCUCAGCCCGAUCAAGCGAUCGGAAUUCCGCCACACACCGAUCACGGGCUUUUGACUUUUUUGAUACAUAAUGGAGUCGCCGGUCUGCAGAUACAACACAAUGGAGAAUGGUUCGACACAAAUUCCCCUCCUAAUUCCAUUCUCGUUAACACCGGCGAUCAUCUUGAGAUAUUUAGCAACGGGAGAUACAAGAGUGUGAAACACAGAGCUGUGGUGAAUACUGAAGCGACAAGGAUAUCGGUCGUUCUGUCAAACGGUGCAGCACCGGAUGCGGUUGUGGGCCCAGCCCGAGAGCUGGUUGAAAGAGAUGGCCGUGCAUUAUACCACUCCAUGAAAUUUAUCGACUAUGUCGAAACAAUGACCAGCAAUCUUCGUAUGGGUAAAACUAGCUUGGAUUGCAUCAAAAUCCAGGAUGAAUAAACGAGUCUGUUGAAUAAUCGCCAUUGUUAUCAGGAUUAUUAUGAUAUAUAAUUAUAAGUUCGCUAUAUAUAUGUUUAAUUUAAUUAGCACCAGCUGGAGUUUAUUCACUGGGGUGUAAUGUAUUAAGUGAUAUAUAAUUAUAUGUAUACUUGUCCGUUCCUUUUUAUAUUUAAAGAAAAAUAAAAUCAGAAUUUAUGUAAC